AUGGCUUUGCUGGCAAGAUGCCUUCUGCUCUGCCUCGCCCUCGUGGUCCUCUCCAUGGGCAGCCUCCCUAGCAAAAGCUCGGCGAUGGGCCUGCCGCGGCCGCCGCCGAACGUGAACUUCACCAUCGGCGUCGAGGGCGCCGUCUGGUGCAAGGGGUGCCGCUACGCCCGCUACGUCAAGUCCAAGAAUGCGUCCCCGAUCCCGAAUGCCCCAGCGCUGCUGCGGUGCAAGCGCGGGCAGUGGGCGCUGUCGAUGUGGGGCGCCACGGACGCGCGCGGCUACUUCCAGAUCCAGACGGCGCAGCAGUCGGCGCCCUUCACCAGCAAGGACUGCAAGGUGUACGUGCUGGGGUCACCGGUGCGCGCGUGCGGCGUGCCCGUCAAGCCCCGCGGGAACAAGGGGUCGCCGCUCAAGUUCCGCAAGUUCGUGACGCUGCACGACGGGAUGCAGGCGCUCUACACGGCCGGCGACUUCAUCUUCGGACCCAAGAAGCCCGGAAAAUGCUGAUUGGUCCAUCAAGUUUGAGUUUCACAGGUUCCGGGACACACGCGGUGUCUC